AUGGAAAGAACCAAUUGGACAGAGAUUGAGUUCAUUCUGCAGGGACUUUCUGAGUAUCCAAGAGCUGAAAAAUUCCUUUUUGUUAUGUGCUUGGUGAUGUACCUGAUAAUCCUCCUAGGAAACUGCACCUUGAUCAUCCUAACACUCCAGGAUUCCCGCCUCCACACACCCAUGUACUUCUUCCUUGGUAAUCUCUCCUUCAUAGACAUUUGGUACACAUCCUCCUUUAUCCCCUCAAUGCUAAUACACUUUCUAUCUGAGAAAAAAACCAUCUCCUUCAGUAGAUGUGUUGUUCAAAUGUCUGUCUCUUACACUAUGGGAUCCACAGAGUGUGUGCUGCUAGCUGUGAUGGCCUAUGACCGUUAUGUGGCCAUCUGCAAUCCUCUGAGAUACCCCAUCAUCAUGAGCAAGGUGCUUUGUGUUCAGAUGGCAGCUCUCUCCUGGGGAUUAGGCUUUCUCAAUUCAUUGACAGAAACUAUUCUUGCAAUAAGGUUACCCUUUUGUGGAAAAAAUGUCAUUAAUCAUUUUGUUUGUGAAAUAUUGGCCUUUGUUAAGCUAGCCUGCACAGAUAUUUCCUUGAAUGAGAUUAUUAUAAUGUUGGGCAAUGUAAUAUUUCUGUUUUCUCCAUUACUGCUGAUUUGUAUUUCCUACAUUUUCAUCCUUUCUACUGUACUAAAAAUCAAUUCAACUGAAGGAAGAAAGAAGGCCUUUUCAACCUGUUCAUCUCACAUGACAGUGGUGAUUGUUUUUUAUGGGACAAUUCUCUUCAUGUACAUGAAGCCAAAGUCCAAAGACUCUGCAUUUGACAAGCUAAUCGCCCUUUUCUAUGGUGUGGUCACCCCCAUGCUCAAUCCUAUCAUCUACAGCCUGAGAAAUAAGGAGGUACAUGGAGCUAUGCGAAAAUUGAUGAGUAGACACUGGUUCCUGAGAAAACAAUGA